AUGGAAGCAUAUAGUAAAUUCGAUUUUGAUGGAAAUGAAAGCUUUUAGCAAUAUCUACUAAAUGUAUAUCCGUUGCCUCCAAAUCUAGAUAAAAUUAAACGCAAAUGGUAUAAAAAAUUUAUCGACCCAGAGUUUGAUAUCAAUACAGAAUCUCAAAAUCCUAAUUCAAACCCCUAAUCAUAAACAUAAGAAAAUCAAAAGCCUUAAAAAUAAGAAAAUAAUUAGUAAUCAUAGUAAUCAUAAUAAUAGUAGUAAUAAUAGUAAUAAUAACAAUAACAAUAAUAAUAAUAACAAUAAUAAUAAUAAUAGUAAUAAAAUAAUUAUCGAUAAUAAUUACCUUCAAUCCCAAUUUUAACAGUAAUAGAAGGAAUUCUAAAAGUGAUUUAUUUUCCAGCAUUAUUGCUUUUGAUUUCCCCUUAAUUGCACAAAUUUUUAAAUUUUGGAUCUAUCCUUAUUUGUUUGCUCGCUAUUUAUAGAUUAUAAGGAAUACCUAAAAACAAUUACAAAGAAUAUAUUUUCAAAAUAAUGUAACUUGAAUUCACCUCUAAUAUUUUCUUUGUUGUUUCAUUAUUUACAAUUGAUAGUUUUGCAUUUUAAAUGCCAAUUGCAUUACAUUUUUUGGUCGGAGCUGCCGAGUUUUGGAUAUAAAUCAAUCGGGAAUAAGGAAUGUCAUUGAAAAUGGCAUAAUAUAUCCAAUAUCAUAGAAAUGAGAUAAUCCUUACAAAAUAAAAAGUUGAAAUUUACUUAUUCCUCUAUUGCUUAUUUGGAAUAUUCUUAAAAAAAACAUCCAUUUUUCAAACCUUUGUUAUUUUCUAAAAUAUAUUACUCAAAACUAAAUUUAAUAAAAACAUGAGAAAUGCUUAAGCAUACAUUAGAGUGUGGUAUGCAGAUAAAUUGAGUGAAAAUAGAUCAAUACCUGAGGGUUUACGUAAAAUUCUUAGUUUAAUUUGGAAAGGAUAUGAAAAGUUAUUAAACCUUUUCUGA